AUGCCAGACAAGCCAGUGACUGUCGCCGCGUAUGCGGCCGGCGCAUCUCUAGCCGCCAUCACCUUCUUCUACGUUUUUGGCCCUACGUUCUUCAUCGAUGGCGAGAACUCCUCGAAUACCAGUAAUGGGAGGAAGAGGGGCAUCAUCGGACUAUCAAACCCAGCAAACGACUGUUUCAUCAAUUCUGUGUUGCAGGCACUUGCAGGUCUGGGGGAUCUUAGGCUGUACCUCAUCCGAGAACUGCAUCGGAGAGAGCUCGAUGGUGUGGAAAUAUACGAGGACUUGCCAGAUGAGCAGGAUGCAAAAGGCAUAGAGAAGCCGGACAAGAUUCGAGAGCUCCAGCAAGGACCAGUCACCCGUGCUGUCAAGGUUAUGCUGGAUGCGUUGAACGAAAGACCAAUAUACAAAAAGACAAUCUCUGCUCGACCACUUAUCGAGGCGCUUGAGAAAGCUUUCAAUACAAGGAUCAAUCGCAACCAGCAAGACGCUCAGGAGUUCUUGCAGGUGGUCGCCGAGAGACUGUGUGAUGAAUAUCACGCAGCAGUCCAGGCCCGUAAACGAGCAGUCUCUGCAUUGGAUAGGAGGAAAGAAGAAGACGAGGGCAAUAUCUUGGUGACUUCUGAAGACCUUGAUGCAGAUCAGCUACGACCAAACAAUGCUCCUGCUCAGGAUGAAGCCGAGAGUCGCCCCGAACCAAGUCCAGACACGCCACUACUUCUUAUGGAAGACGAAGGAUUUCCAUUUGAAGGAAGAUUAGAGUCACAAAUACAAUGUCAAACUUGCCGAUUUAGGAACAAACCAAGCAGUUCGAAUUUUGUGACACUUACACUCAAUGUGCCCCAGAAGAGCUCCACAACGUUGGAUUCUUGUUUCGAUAUCCUGCUGAAGACCGAAAAUAUCGACGACUUCAAGUGUGACAAAUGCCGAUUACAGCAUGCAUUUGAGGUCAGAAGCAACGAGUUAAUAAAGGCCAAAUCAGAGAAGCAGGCGACAGACCUCGAAAGAGACAUAGCUCUGAUCAAGAAAGCACUAAAAGAGGAUCCGGAGAAGAUGCCAGAGGGUGUUGAACUACCAUCGCUAGACAAGGCACCCAAAAGAAGUAUCAAGAAAUACAUGCGGAUCACUUCCUUUCCGAAGCUCCUUGCAAUUCAUCUAUCGCGUUCAAUUUUCGAACCUCGGACUGUGUCGAUGAAGAAUGCUGCCCGGGUUUCAUUUCCGGAAAGACUCCGUCUGGGUGGUAUUUUGGAUGAGAAGUGGUAUAAAUUGCUCGGCAUUGUCUGCCACAAGGGAAAUCACGACAGCGGUCACUACGAAUCGUUCCGAAGGAAUCAUCUCUACCCACCCUUUGCGACGCCUGACGUCUUCAGCGCUUAUGGGGCACAAAGCAAGAGUGGUAGUAAAGUGGCGUCACCGGAUCCUAGUCCGAAGAUUCCCGCUAUGGCCAGAACUUCAGAUGUGAACUCACGACCUUCCACAGCCUCUGGGUGCUCACCGGUGAUUUCUACGCUUUCGGUCUCAUCAAGUUCGGUCUCUUCCCCUCCACAAAGUCGGCUAUCGUCAAAACAAUCUCUUGACCGUUCAGUACCGUCCACUGCUCGGGAGAGUGUCACGUCAGAUCAGCCCAAGUCGCCAUCUCGCUCACGAUCGGGUAAGUCCGAAGCGUUUCGACCUAGAUCCAGUGCGUCAACGGCCAAGUCAGACGCUAGCGAGAAAUCUCGAUUCCGACGAAAGCGGAAAUCAAGUGAUCGAUGGUGGCGGAUCAGCGAUGACAAAAUCAAAGAGUGCAAGACGUCGGAGGUUCUUGCUAUGCAAAAAGAGGUGUAUCUGUUAUUCUAUGAAAUAGAACGACCCGGGGAUGACAUAUCUGGAUGA